AGCAAAGGCAUGUCCGCUGUUUGUAUUAGCGCUGAAUGGUGUCUUGAAAAUGACGUAAUGCUUGAAGUCGGGGUCCUGACAAGCGAUAACAUUUGUGAUAAAGGCCGGGUUGAACUGGAGCCCCUUUCUCUCCGACAUAUUAACCACACACACACACACACACACACACACACACACACACACACACAAACACACACACACACACACACACACACACACACACACACACACACACACACACACACACACACACACACACACACACACACACAUCCCCCGCAGACGGACCCAGGCAGUGCGUUUGAAAAACCGGCUCAGCCCGCGCCUCUCUCCUUUUCUCUGUCUGUCUGUCUGCCUCUCUCUCUCUCUCUCUCUCUCUCUCUCUCUCUCUCUCUCUCUCUCUCUCUCUCUCAAAAAUCUCACACUGCAAAAAAAAACUCAGACGGUUCAUGGCUCUCACCAAAGCUCCAUCAUCUUUCCAGCUGCAAAGAUUAUUGCCAUCUAAUCAACAGAUAUGGUCCGGAAAAAGAAUCCACCAUUGAGAAAUCUCGUGAGCCAAGGAGAAGGUGAGGAUUGCCAGGUCCCUCAGCCAGAGAGUGCCGUCAAUCAGGAGACCUUUGUAAACUCAGGACCCUCGAACCCCAUGCAGGAACAUAACAGCCAACAAGAUGCACUAGAGUCCGCCAGAAAGGAGGAACACUGUCUGCGUGUCGCAGACGUAGCCGGCAUCAAAAGCGACUUGAAAAGCCCCGCACCGGGCGAAGGGAAUGGCUUCAAUUAUAAAAGCCACAAGAAGGGAGGAAAUGUUCCAUCCUUCCCGCAAGAUGAGGUGACAGACAGAAAUAUGCCUGCUCUGUCAUCUCAGACUGCUAGCGGAGUCUGCGAGGCCUGCACGUCUCCGGGCAGAUCAGAACCAGAUGAUGGCGAUGGCAGGAGCUGCAACGCGACUGGGAAGAUCUCGGAAUUAAACCACGCGGCUCAAGCGUCGCCCACUGGGCGCGAGAGGGUGCAGCCGCCACAGGGUGACCCAGCUGACCAGCCGCCUCUCACCCUGGGCGCCCCGCCUUCAGAGAACUCUCAGGUGCUCCCGGACGGGGCCGUGGCACCUGACAAAUCAAAGGCCGACCAGUUGACUGACGACCCCGAGGCCGUGCCCCUCACCCCAGAGCUGCAAGACUUCAAGUGCAACAUUUGUGGUUAUGGCUAUUAUGGGAACGACCCGACCGAUCUGAUCAAGCAUUUCCGCAAGUAUCACCUGGGCCUGCACAAUCGCACCCGCCAAGACUCGGAUCUGGACUCCAAGAUCCUGGCUUUACAUAAUAUGGUGCAGUUCUCUCAGUCCAAAGACUUUCAGAAACUUAGCCGAAACACGGGCUUGCUAACUGGGAUGCUACAGGACCCGAACGCUCAGCGACCUGCUUUGUUAAAUGGGACCUACGACAUACAUGUCACUCUGGGAGGAAUGUUCAUUGGCAUCGGGCGGAAAACCCCUGACUGCCAAGGCAACACCAAGUAUUUCCGAUGCAAGUUCUGCAACUUCACCUACAUGGGCAGCACACCCGGUGAGCUGGAGCAGCACUUCGUGUCUGCGCAUCCCAACAAGAUGAAGAGCGCGCCUUCCGCCGUGGAGUCUGCGAAGGACCCCUGUAAGUCGGAGAAGAACAGCGGCAAAGGCAGUCCGGCCACCGAGCGCCACAUACCUCGGCCGUCAGACCCAGAAGAUAUGGGGAAAUGGCAGGACAAGUCCACCAUCAAAGCCGCAGAUGACACCCCGAUCGGCUACUCGGUUCCCAUCAAAUCCAUGGACACCUCCAAACAGAACGGGGUGGACUCCACCUGUUACUUCUGGUGUAGGUUCUGCAGCUUCAGCUACGAGUCCUCCGACACCUUAAAGUUGGCGGACCAUUACAACAAGCAGCACCGAGACAACCAGCGCAAUAGUUACUUUAACCGAGACUUCCCGGACAAACAAGCGCACGCCCUUCAUCAGAACGACUCGAAAGAGCGGCGGCUCCUUCCGGCUAACAAGCCGGACGGGGAAUUCCCGGUAAAGCCCGAGAAGGGCAGCGCCUCGGCCAAAAAGAAAGACGGGGGCAAGUCGGCAGAUGAAGGCAUGGUGACCAGCUACAACUGCCAGCUGUGCAAAUUCAGGUACUCGACCAACCACGGGCCUGACGUGAUCACCGUCGGACCCCUACUGCGCCAUUAUCAUUACAUCCAUAACGUUCACAAGUGCACCAUUAAACAUUGCCAGUACUGCCCCGGCGGGCUCUGCGGGCCGGAGAAACACUUGGGGGAGAUCACCUACCCCUUCGCCUGCAGGAAAGCCAACUGCUCCCACUGCACCCAGCUGCUCUUACACUCGCCCCAGGGGGCGGUCGGGAGUGCCCGGGUCAGGCACCAGUGCGACCUGUGUCCCUUCGUUGUCCACGAUGUCGAUGCGCUCCUGCAACAUUACGAGGCGGCGCAUGGCUCGCACUACCCGUGCAGGACCGAACUCGGAGGAGAUGUGCCAGCCACUAGCGACGAAGCCGAGGAGCAUUGCUGUACCAAAUGCAACUUCGUGACACAGGUCGAGGAAGACAUUUUCCGACACUACAGGAGGGCUCAUAAUUGCUACAAGUGUCGUCAGUGUAAGUGGAGCGCUCCGGACACUCAGGCGUUACUGGAGCAUUUCAACACGGCCCACUGUGGAGCUCCGGAGCCGCCGAGCAGCGGGAGCCCAAGCGGCGGCGAGUCGCCGACAACCCCCAGCGCCGGCAACCACAACCCAGGCAACGGCGAGCAGGAGGCUCGGCACCGUACCCCCACCCCGUCCGACGGCAACAACCAACCGCCGCCUCCGGCAGCACCCUCGGAGGACAAGGAGGGGAAAGGCCGGCUGGAGAUGUGCAGCAAGGAAGACGCGAGGAAGUUGGGGGAGCUGCCCAAGGGGUGCCCGUACCCCGGCCAGACCGGCUCUGCCAGUACUAGCAGCAGCAGCCAGGAGAGCCUCAAGAACAGCCGCAGGGUCGCCGAGGAAGCUGAUGGGGUCCUGCCUGUCUAUGGGAUGCAACCCCCUGACACCAAGGGCUUCGCGGGAGGGUCACAGCAGCAGCAGCUGCCGGGAGCAGGAGAGAGGGAUAAGUCCCGGGCUCUCACUCCCCAGUACCCAACAAACAGCGAGCUGAACAAGGCGAGGGAGGAGUCGCAGACCCUACUGCGGAGACGAAGAGGUUCGGGAGUCUUCUGUGCCAACUGCCUAACGACCAAGACAUCUCUGUGGCGAAAGAAUGCAAAUGGUGGAUAUGUCUGCAAUGCCUGCGGCCUGUAUCAGAAACUGCAUUCGACUCCAAGGCCUUUAAAUAUCAUAAAGCAAAGUAACGGGGAGCAGAUCAUUCGAAGGCGGACCAGAAAGCGGCUUAACCCUGAGGUGCUGCAGACAGAGCAGGUGAACAAGCAGCAGAGAGUGAGCAAUGACGAGCAAGCAAGCGACGGCUCGGUUGAGCGGAAAGUGGAGGAGCAUCCUUCCGACGGCCAGCCGCGGGAGCUGCAGCCAUCCAACCUGAGCAAGCUGGACCUGUACGGUUCCGUGGGUAAACCGCUCCAGGGCCAGCCCGCGCUGGUGGUUAGCCGGGUGGUAGAUCUUAACGGGAGAAUGCAGCCUCUUCAUAUUCCAGUCAAGAGCCCUCAGGAAAGCGGUGUUGACCCAGGAAAUUGUUUGCCGGUUUCAGAAGGGAAGGGAGGUUCAGAACGUGGGAGUCCAAUUGAAAAAUACCUUAGACCUACCAAGCACCCAAAUUACUCGCCUCCAGGUAGCCCUAUUGAAAAGUACCAGUAUCCCCUGUUUGGCUUUCAAUUUCUGCAUAGUGAUUCGCAAAAUGAAGCUGAUUGGCUGAGGUUCUGGAGUAAAUAUAAAUUAUCAGUCGCUGGGAACCAACACUACCAUAUGUCUGGACUAUCAAAUCCUUGCCAAAACUUUGUGCCUUAUCCUGCCUUUAACCUGCCUCCGACUUUCUCAUCCCUUGGAUCUGAUAAUGACAUUCCUCUAGAUCUGGCCACGAAGCAUUCCAGAUCAGGACCAGCUGCAAAUGGCACCGCGAAGGACAAAGUCAAUGCACCGGUGACCGCCGCGGAGGAAAGUGAAGAAAAUGCGGUAAAAACGCCGGACAAAGUUGACCGAGGCACUCAAGAUGAAUCACUGACAAAGUGCGUUCAUUGCAGCAUUCUCUUUAUGGAUGAGGUGAUGUACGCUUUGCAUAUGAGCUGCCACGGGGAAGGAGGGCCUUUCCAGUGCAGCCUAUGCCAGCAUUUCUGUACGGACAAGUAUGACUUCAUGACGCACAUUCAGAGGGGCCUGCAUCGAAAUGUGCAAUCCGAUAAAAAAUUGCAAACCUGAGGAAUAGAACUUUUAGUACUGUAACACAACGAGUACAUGUUGCAUUUUAGAAUUUGGGAGAACAAUCAGAAUAUUAUUUUUCUAAAAAAGAGUAAAUGUUAAACAUUUGAAAAUGAUGGUGCCUGACGCAUUGUAUAAUUUUUUUCUAUAAAGUAUGCAACAAAAAUAUUGCAUUAUGCUUUAGAGUCAGAAUACUGAUUCUUUUCUAGCUGUUUACAUGUGCAAAUGUAGCAAAAGAAGAAAUGAAGCACCUAUUUCAAUUUCAUUAGAAUUUUUUUUUCUCUUUCACAUAGUAGCCCCGAAUACCAUCAUGAAAUAAAUAUGGUUGCUGCAAAUGCAAUGUAUGGAUGAAAAGUAGAUGGACGUAUUUUCAUGCUUAAAUAGGGGGAAAAAAAGAGGGUAGCACUAUGCAUUCCACUUAAUUAAUAUUAAUGUACUUUGUGUUAUCUAUCAAGGCUCUUAAUUCAUAUUGUUAAGCUUGAAAAGACUAUAUGCACAUUUGUUAAUUGCUUUUCAAUAUUAUGUUUCAAGUGAAACACUUUGGAAUUUGAUGGUUCUUAUCAAAUAAUGUUGGAUUCGCUAUCUUCUGCUGGUUUUGUUUAUUUUUUUUUCCAUUGCAUCAUACAUCAGUCUUAUAAUGAAAUACAGUCUUGCUUCAGUACAGAGGCAGUGUUUCCAAGAGCUUACAAAGCAUUAAACUAAUUUUAGAAGUCUGGAAAUAGAUCAUAGCUUUUACAAUUUUCUUUAGCUUUUCAAAUCUGACAAUAUUAUUCGAUGAUGCCUCCCAGUAAAUAAAUGAUCCAAAUCUGAAGGAAGCAAAAGGAACCAUUGCCUCUGACUUGAAAACAACUGGGACUUGUUCCCAACUUUCAUCAUGCAUGUAAUUUUGUGAUGUUUUUUUUUAAAUCACACCUACACAUUCUUUCUGUAUCUUCCAUGAAAACUAUUUCAGACAGAAAUGAGGUCAUUUACAUCUAAACUUGAAUAAUAAAGUUUUACCAAAAG